AUGAUUUUUGUUUUUGAGAGGAUAUCACUCAAGGAUGCUGUGUCUUUGCAGGAGCCUCAGGGAGCCCAGCUGCAGAACCAGCAGUCUUUUGGACCUUGCUCUCUAGAGAUUAAGCAGUUUCUGGAGUGUGCUCAGAACCAGAGUGAUGUCAAGCUCUGUGAGGGCUUCAAUGAGGUGCUGCGGCAGUGCAGGAUUGCAAAUGUGGACCAUCCCAGGACAGUGGAUCAUGGAGAGAGGAAUGUCAAGAGAAGAAAAUAUAAUGAGGGUUUUUUACAGUAUGGUUUUACCUCAACUAUCACAGUAGGAAUUGAGAGACCACAGUGUGUCAUUUGUGGGGUUGUUCUAUCAGCAGAAUCUAUGAAACCAAACAAACUGAAACGCCAUUUUGAGAGCAAGCAUUCCAGCUUUGCUGGCAAGGAUACCAACUAUUUCAGAAACAAAGCUGAUGGACUCAAGAAAGCCAGACCUGACACUGCCAGCAAGUCCUGCAAACAGAACGUGGCAGCUGUGGAAGCUUCCUAUUUGGUGGCCCUCAGAAUCGCCAGAGAUAUGAAACCUCACACCUUUGCUGAGCAUCUACUGUUCCCGGUGGCCAAAGACAGUGUUCGAGUCAUGAUCGGAGACGAGUUUGUUACGAAGUUGAGUGCAGUUUCCUUAUCUAAUGACACUGUCCGAAGAAGAAUACAUGACAUGUCUGCUGAUAUUCUUGAUCAGAUAAUCCAGGAAAUUAAAUCUGCUCCACUUCCAAUAUUCAGUAUCCAGCUCGAUGAAUCGACAGAUGUUGCAAACUGUUCACAGCUAAUGGCUUACGUGAGGUAUAUUCAUGAUGGUGACUUUAAAGAUGAGUUUCUUUUCUGUAAACCUCUUGAAAGGGCAGCUACCGCCCUUGAUGUAUUUGAGGCCGUUGGCUCAUUUCUGAGCCAGCAUAAGAUCUCUUGGGAAAACAUCUGUGGGGUCUGCACAGACGGUGCCCCAGCUACGCUGGGAUGUCAAUCUGGGUUUCAGCGUUUGGUCCUGAAUGAGUCACCGAAAGCCAUCGGAGCUCACUGUAUGAUUCAUCUGCAGACAUUAGCGGUGAGGACACUGCCACACGACUUACAGGAAGUAAUGAGAAGCAUCCUGAGUUCUGUCAAUUUCGUAAAGGCGAGCUCUCUGAACAGUCAACUGUUUCUGCAACUGUGCAGUGAUUUAGAUGCUCCGAGCAAAGCCCUGCUACUUCAUACCGAUGGGAGAUGGCUGUCAAGAGGCAAAGUUCUAAAACGUAUCUUUGAGCUUCGUGAUGAACUCAAAAUGUUUUUUAACCAGAAAGCAAUACGGCAGUUCGAAGCCCUUUUCAGUGAUAAAAGUGAAUUGCAGAAGAUAGCUUAUUUGGUUGACAUCUUCACCAUUUUGAAUGAGUUGAACUUAUCACUGCAAAGACCAAAUUCGACAUGCCUCGAUUUGUCUGAAAAGAUCCAGUCAUUCUACAUGAAACUUCAGCUCUGGCAAAAAAAGUUGGAUGAAAACAAAAUUUACAUGUUGCCUACCUUAUCUGCUUUCUUUGAGGAACAUGACAUUGAACCUCACACAAGGAUUACAGUGGUGAUUUCUGUGAAAGAACACUUGGACAUGCUUGCAGGUGAAAUUUCCUGGUACUUUCCAAAUCUACCCGAGGUCCCGUUUGCACUUGCCAGGCGCCCAUUCACAGUCAGAGCUGAAGAUGUUCCCGAGACAGUGCAAGAGGAGUUCAUCAGACUUACUAACAGCGAUGCGGCGAGAGCUAAUUUCUCCACAAUGCCAGUCACGCAGUUCUGGGUCAAGUGUUUGCAGUCAUACCCUGUUCUGUCUGAGACGGUGCUGCGCCUCCUCCUUCCGUUUCCAACAACAUAUCUUUGUGAAACAGGGUUCCCCAGCUUGUUGGUUAUCAAGUCUAAAUACAGAAGUAGACUUGUUGUGGAAGAUGAUCUUCGCUGUGCUCUUGCAAAGACCACCCCAAGAAUUUCUAAUAUGGUGAGAAAGAAGCAGUCUCAACCUUCGCACUGAUGUUGGCUUUGUACAGAUAGUGUCCCGAAAUGUAGCGAUGUAGUUUAUGUCAUUAUGUUAAAGACUGUUAACAGUGCCACCGUA